UCUCGAGCAGCACAAUAGUCUGUCAGUGUUUUUCUAUUCUGCGCCUCGUGUUCCGUGUUCCUGGUGGCCGUUUUGGCGAGCUCCAUUCGCACUCUCCAUCGUCGCGUCGAAGUUGAAUGCCCGCCUUUGAGGCUGACGCUUGUCCCCGAGGGUUGACGGUCGCUGAAAGUGGCCCUUCGUGUCUUUUCAUGUCCGGGGAAGUAACCGCGGAGCGGGGGGGGUCCGCGAGCGUCGUCUACGUGGUGGUAGUGUCCUAGUGCGUGGAGGACGAGCAACCACGAUCCUCCACCGAACGGUUAAUUCAAGUGGUUACGUCAUACAUCCUGAGCUGGGCCUGCGAACGAAACGCUUUACUAAAGAAGUGGACGGCGACGACGACGGGGACGAGGACGACGGCCCUGUUAAAAUGGAGCUGCGCCUGCACUCGCCAGCCGGAGCAGAACCGAUCGUCUAUCAAUGGCCCCUCACCUCCGGAUCCGGAUCUGAUCGUCACGAUGGUGCACUUGAUGUUGUUGAAACAAUGCGAUGGGUUUGUGAAGAUUUGCCAGAUUUAAAAUUACCACUAGAAAAUAACAUUCUGUGUGACUAUAACACAAGAGAUUAUGAAAGUAUGAAAAAUUUAUGUGACAGAUUUAAUAGAGCAAUUGAUAGUUUAGUUCAGCUGGAGAAGGGCACUAGUUUACCAUCUCAGAGGCUAAAUAAAAGACCCAGUCGUGGUUUAUUAAGGCAUAUACUUCAACAAACAUAUAAUCAAGCAGUAGUGGAACCAGAUAAAUUAAAUCAGUAUGAGCCCUUUUCACCAGAAGUAUAUGGAGAAACAAGUUAUGAGCUUGUCUGUCAAAUGAUUGAUCAAAUUGAUGUAACAGAGGAUGAUGUAUUUGUUGAUUUGGGAUCUGGAGUUGGUCAAGUAGUUUUACAAAUGGCUGCAGCAACUUUGUGUAAAAUUUGUAUUGGUGUUGAAAGAGCUGAUGUACCAUCAAGAUAUGCACAGAGUAUGGAAGUAAACUUUCGUAAAUGGUUGAAUUGGUAUGGAAAAAGAUGCGGCGAAUAUCGUUUGGUAAAAGGCGAUUUUUUAGCUGACGAACAUCGUGAAAGCAUUACUGGAGCUACAAUUGUUUUUGUCAAUAAUUUUGCAUUCGGUCCAACGGUGGAUCACCAGUUGAAAGAACGAUUUGCUGAUUUGCGGGAUGGUGCACGUAUAGUAUCGUCAAAGUCAUUUUGCCCCCUCAACUUUCGCAUCACGGAUAGAAAUCUUAGUGAUAUUGGUACAAUAAUGCACGUCUCGGAAAUGUCACCGCUAAAGGGCUCUGUGUCGUGGACUGGUAAACCAGUGUCUUAUUAUUUACACGUAAUUGAUCGUACCAAGCUAGAACGUUAUUUCCAUCGAUUAAAAAAUAAUAAGCAAGGUGGCGAUGAAAACUCUGAUUCUGUGAUAAAUAACACUGCCAGCAGUAGUAAUAAGGUUACAAAUAGGGGUGAGAGAGGUGACAGAGCGAAACGAGAUCUUUCGAGACAAUUAGAAAGUCCGAAUCAUUCGGAAAAACAGGGAACGAAUAGCGAUUCAGACGGAGAUGAGAAUAAUAUGAAAAAUCGUCGGCAACCAAAUAAGAUUCGUAGAAAAUUAAAUAGAAAAUCAAAUGGUAUAACAAGACCGCCAGCUAGGGGUAGACAGAGAGGAAGAGGAGUGAAGAAGUCCAAGCCUAAGAAAGCGAUUAAUAUAUCUGGUUUGGACCUGCUGCAUAGUCAAACAUUACUUAGCACAUCUCCUCAAGCUUUAGGAAAGAAACCACCACCCGCGCCUGGUUGCGUGGAUCAACAGCUGUCUUCAUUAUCACUUUCAUUACAGUCACAUUCCACCUCUGUGCAUGAAGAACUUAGUAUACCACCUGCUCCGUCCGCCACUCCGUAUGCUUUACAAAUACUUUUGGACUUGUACAGGGACCAAUUCAUGCUCAUGUUAGAAUCAAUGAGAACUCCUUCGUACAGAGUGUCAGUCAAUACAGAUAUCGCAAAAGAAAGAGAGAGAAAUUCAAAAUUACAGUCGAGAGCGGCGCAACUAGAAAAGCAGAUAAAAGUAUUGAUUGACGAUAGCGUAGCACUUUUGAAAGCAAGGAUGACCGAGUUAGGUAUAAAUGCAACAUCGCCUGGAGAUUUACUUGCCAAGGCUAAAGAAAUUGUUCUUAGACACAAACAGUUACAAGCUAAAGCAAGUAAACUACAAGCUCAAGUCGCAUCCAUGGAAAAUGAACAGUCGAGAUUAACUGCGCUUAGACAUCAAGAACUGCAAGAGAAGUAUAGUAAUCUCACAAACACAAACAGCAUAUCAAAUCCACCGCAACCACUCACGCAGGAUUAUAUAUUGAAAGAAAUUUCGGCAACUCUAUCUCAGCGUAAAAGACUACACUGUCAGGUAUCCAAAUUGGAACAUGAAUUAAACGUAUUGGAAAGAGCAAGCAAUGAAAAACAAGUUGCUGCAAUGGUUCAACAACAAAGAGAAGCGAUAGGCUCUAAACAUUCGCAAAAUCAACAUCAUCAUCAACAACAAAAUGGAAAAAGUGGAUCGUCGCGGAAAAACAGAGAAGGACGUUCCAGAUCGCAAGAAUGGCCGGAUGUCCCUGAUAUCGGAAAGAUACAGGAGAACAAUCCGGAAAUACUGGCGCAAAAGAUUUUAGAAACAGGCAGGCAAAUAGAAGCUGGCCGAAUAUUAAACAGACAAAAUACCAGUACCAGUAGCAAUUCUAGAACCAGACUGCCACAAGCAUCUCUCAGUUUUUCUACUACUCCGUCAUCCAUAUCAUCCUCACAAUCGCAGACAAGUAAUAAGGAAGCAUCAAAUAGAACACAGGAACCUCCUAGGGUUGCGAAUUUCGAAGAUAGGUUAAAGAGUAUUAUUACAAGUGUGUUGAACGAAGAUCAACAAAAUAGAAAUAAACAACAACAACAAAUGCAACUACAGGUGCAAUUACAAAAUCAGACUGAACCAGAUAGAAAACGUAUUGCAUUACCACAAAAUGUUUCUACGCCUGAUUACACACAGGUUUCACCCGCGAAGUUAGCACUUCGCCGUCAUCUAUCUCAGGAACGUCUUUCUUCUCAUUUAACACCAACCGACAGGCCAACAAUCGACUCUAGGCAACCGAGUCAUGACAAUCGUAUUGUAACAGGAGGAAGCGGACUGCUCGGUACUAGAACAAUUGGUGAUUUGGUCAGUGGAGAAAUAGAAAGAACGCUAGAGAUAUCCAAUCAAUCCAUAAUAAAUGCGGCUGUCGAUAUGAGCGCAAUGAUAAGGCCGGAAGCUGUAUAUUCUCCUAUUAGUAGACCAGCUAGUGCAGAGGGUGAUGCUGGUUUGUCAACUCUUGCGCACGUAGCGAGUUAUGCACCAACAUCUUCUACAGUUUCAACAUGUACUCCAACCACUACUUCGAGAUCAUCCGUAUUAUUCACUCCAGUAACACAACCACAAAGAUAUACACCAGUUCAGUUACCUCGCGCAGACAUCAAACCUUAUCAUGAGUCGUAUUUCACUGACAAUCCUUCUCAGUCGCUCGCGCAGACCCAUCCUCCACCAUCAUUACAUUCAUCACAGGCUACAUCAAACGGUGAACUUUUGCCAGUAGAAGGAUUAGCUGCAUCUUUACAUGCUCGCAUAUUAAAUAAUCCCAACCCAAAAACAGAACCAAUGCUUUCUACGAAUAGAAGAUUUCAACCGUACCCUCGAUAUGCAACCAGUAGUAACAAUAAUGGCAGUGCGACAACAAAUGGUAUGGUGACGGCUAUUUGUCCAUCACAACCCUCAGUGUCAGUAAAAACAGAGGCAGUCGUAUCGUCAGUAAGCACAAGUGGAGCGCCAUUAAGCCCUCUCGUAGAACCACAUUCUAAUACGUCUACGCCACUAGUCGAUGAACCCCAAAUGACAACGCAGAGACAACGAAACGGUAUUGGCGAUGACGAUGGAGAGGCAGAUUGGCAAGACCGUAUCAGUUCUGGAUUCGACAGACUGGUUGCGUUCGCGUCCACGGAGCUGGACAAGCGAAGAAGAUCGACGGAGGGAGUGAACACAAGUCCUGAUAGUGGUUUAGGAUCGGAUAGUACCGUCACGGGACCUCCACCAGUGAUUCCAUCGCCGGACGAAGCACUUGGACCUCCUCGUACACCUUCACCGACCAGUCCUCGUCCACCGAAUCCAUCCAACAGCAGUAGUACGAGCAGCAGCAGCAGCAGUAGCAGUACAUCAUCCUCGGUGCCUCUAAAAUAUCAACGUCAACCGGAUCCUGAGCGUCAUCAUUUUAAGAAAAAGUUUUUUCAUAGAGAUUGGAAUAAUUCUGGUAGCACCAGUAAGUUUCGUCCUAAAGGCAAAGAUUGGGAUUGGAAUCAUUCAGGACAGUGGCCUUCGAAUGACGAACAAUCUUAA